GCUGGCCGUUAGCAAUCAGCCCCGUCUCCCUUGACUCUCACACAUCAGCUUAUGCAAAACCCGAAGGCGAAAACCCUUUCGCAAGUUGCAGCUCCAUUAUUCCAUACACACAUACAGAAUCUUCUACACGCAGUUUAUACAAUCGUACGCGUAUGCAAUUAAUCAUAUAUACAAUUGGCUGAUAAUUUGACGACGAAGUUCGAGAUAUGUCAAUUCGGUUCAGAUUUAGGAGCUCUAUGAAUUUUGAUACGAUGGAGAUCGGGAGCCGCGACUCAAUUUCGGUGACGGAGCUGAGAUCGAGAAUCAUGCGCGGGAAGGAUUCUCAGCAACAGCAAGGGUUUGAUCUAGUUUUCUCCGACGCGGUUUCUGGUUUAGAGUACAAGUGCGAUUCUCAAAUUCCUAGUGGAUCCAGCGUGAUUGUUAAGAGAGUUCCUGGUGGAACACUUCCGUCAUCUGUGGUGCCCAUUGAAGCUGUAAAGCAUGUCGUGUUGAAUGAGUCGCACAAUCUGAAUCUAGCUAAGACAGGACCAAGGAAUGACUUUGAUGACCUAGGUGCUGAUCUCUGCCCCAAGCCUGAUUCAGACUUGCCUUGCUUUGAUCAAGAACUUGAUGAAAAUAACUUCAUGGGUAACAAAAAUGGUGAUGCUGCUGUCAUACCAAGUGGUCUUUGUCAACAUGGAAAUGAUAGGAACAUUUUGCCAGUAGCUCCUGAGCUCAUGAAGUCUAACAAGCUGCACACAUCCAAUUUCCUGACCGUGCAAGGUUCUAAUUUGCCGUUAGAAUUGAAGUGCUCACUAUGCAAAAAUUUCUUUACGGAUGCAGUGAUGAUACCUUGUUGCCAGCAUAGCUUUUGCGAGAAGUGUAUCCAUCAAGUGCUUUUUGCAACGGGUACAUGCCCCAAAUGUUUAUCAAGAAAAUGCACUAUAGCCGAUCUACUUCCAAAUUUAUCAUUGCGUCAAGCAACUGAGCAUUUGCUUGAAUCUCAUAUGUUUGAUGCUGGUUUUGAGAACGUCAUGCAGAAAUAUGUGCCAGACGGAGAAUCCGGAAUCCAAGCAAAUGAUGUUUCCUGUGCUAUCACUGUCGCCCAAAGGGAACUGGAAGUUCCUCAGUCUUCUUGUGCAACUGGAAAAGGAUCCAAUCAGGUUCUGACGGAAGCGUUAUAUGAGCAACGUCAUAGAAAUGUGCCAUAUGGCAACACUGGUAGUAGAGAUUUUGAAGAUUUUGCACAAUCUACAUUUCAGGGUGAAAAUCAACCUGUUCAUCUUGAAGCUAAAAGCCAAGGUGAAGCUGAUUCUAACGCCAAGAGGAAAGGGGGAUUCUGGUUUGACUCAGGAGCUGGCGGGAGAAGCUUAUCAGGUCAUGGUAGAUACAGAAAGGGCGUCCGCAAUUGCUAUUCAUGUGGUUCUUCUGACCAUCUCAUGAGAGACUGCCCAAUUUCCCAUCCAAAUCCCAUGUUUCAGCCAGGAUCCGGAGCAUUUCAUGGAGGUAUGCAAGGCUAUGCACCUCCGUACUGGAAUGCCUCUUCCUUUCCUCCUUAUACACCCUAUGCAAAUAUGUAUAAUAGUCCUUCAAUGAUGCCGUUCAAUCCCUCCAUGGUCCCUGUUGGGCCUUUCGCUGUUCCUCCUCCCUAUGUUUCGUCUGUGGGCGGCAUCCUGCCUGGCCUUGGUGCGAACAUGAGAAUGGGGAAUAUGGAACCUCGUCGUCUUGACCACUUUGGGCUUCAACAUUGUGGAAAUAAGAGGAAGAAGCUCUCAAAUGAAAAUCUAGAAAGAGACCUACUUUCCGACGAUGAUGGUUCUUCAGAAUGCUAUCAACACUAUAGUCCGCAGAAAACACAUAAAAACAGGGAGCAAAUUUUGAGUCACUCUGAUGAUAGCUUGGCUCAAAGAUCGGGGAGAAAAGAUCAGCACGAAAAGUAUAUGCAUCCUGGUGUCUAUGCUGAUGAAAAACAUGAGAAGAGCCGACGCUCUUUUGCUGAGAGAGAGAAGAGGCUCUCUCAUGUGGAGAGGUCAAACAAAGAAGAUAAGUCCAGAAGCACAGAACGGCAUUGUGAUGGGAGACACAAGGGUCAUCACUGGGACAGGGGCUUGCAGAAGGACAACGAGAGAAAUGGACAUUAUGAAAGUGAUUCGAGUUUUGGUCAUCACUCGACCCAAAGGGAUGCUAAGAGAAUGGUCGACUCUGAUGUCCAUGAUUCUCACAGAAAACAUCACCACAACCGCACAGACCAUGGUUUUGAUCCUCAGACACCUGCUGAUAGGAGGGCCAAAUAUACCGAGAGGGAGCUUCGCCAAGAUUCUUCCAGGCAUGGUGACAGGUUGCAGAGGGUGCAUGGCUUCAACGAGGACCGCAGAGAUGACUACCGUCACCAAAAACGUCGAGCAUAUUGAAGGAGCGGUGGGUAGUAUGGAGAUGUGCCAGUGAACUGGUGAUUCCAUCUCUGCUAUCCUUUGAAUAGGUAUUUGUAUCAACUUGUAGUUUUACUAGGGUGUAUAUCGGUCAUGGUAAGAGUGUUUGUUAUAUUUUUUUUUUCCCAAAAAAGGGCAUCACCAGUUCUUUUAUUACAUUUAGGUCGAAGCUUAUCUAACUUAGAAAAAAAGUGCUAUACAAGGCUUAGAUUGGUCCACAUUUUAGAAUUAAUUCCAUGUGGUAAAUAUGUUAA